AUGAGUCUUGCUACUGAGCUGAACGCAAAGUUCGCCGAGUUUCAUGCCAAUGCCCCAGCGGAACUCAAAGAACCUGUCAAGAAGUCUAUGAGCGACUUCAUUGCAUCUUACAAUCUCGACGAUGCCAUUAAGGUCGGAGAUAAGCUCCCCGAAUUCCAUCUUCAGGGUGCUAGUGGGGACAUGGUGGACAGCAAACAACUCCUCGCCAAUGGCCCCAUUCUUGUCACCUUCUACCGAGGAAACUGGUGUCCUUAUUGCAACAUCACUCUGAGGACUUAUCAACAGCAUCUGGAUACUUUCAAAGCCAAGGGAGUUACAUUCGUCGCUAUCUCUCCCGAGCUUCCAGAUCAAACCCUCACCAUGACCGAGAAGCAUGAGUUGAAGUUCCCAGUUUUGACGGAUGUAGGAAACAAAUUCGCCAAGAAGUUGGGUAUUCUCUGUCCGCAGCCUGACGAGAUGCGACCAGUCUACUCGGCAGUUAACGUUGAUCUCAAGGCCCACAAUGGAGAUGAUACAUACGUUGUUCCUCUGCCGGCCUUUCUGCUUGUCGACCAGAGUGGCGUCGUUCGAAAUGCGUUCAUCGAUCCUAACUUUACUCAUCGACUUGAACCAACGACUGCACUAGAAUGGAUCAGUGCUUUGGACAACUAGG